AAAAAAUACAGUCAACACAUUUAAAUAAGACCGCCCUCUGGUGGUGGUCGCAUGUGUUUAAAUUCAACGGGAACCAGAAGUCCUCCAUCUUACGCGAAGGAAAGAGGAGAAAACUCAACGCCAAGUCGGAACUGAAUUAUGAGGCUUUAGUUUCCACACGGGAAGUUAAUAAUGAUGUACGAUUCUACACAGAUGAACUGAGAGGGGAGACUGAAAACGUUGAAGUGGAAGGAUGUACUUGGGUAUAUCUAUCAGCUGCUGCAUGUUCUGUCUGCACACUUAAACCUUUGAACUUUAGUGCAGCCAGCCAAGCUCCUGCCCGGGCGCUGUGUUUGAAGAUGGCUGCGGCUCAAUCGUGCCCUGAGUGCGGCUCCUCCAAUAUCAUCGAUGAUUCGCACCACUCGCAGGCCCAGCUAGUGUGUGUGGACUGCGGCUCCGUGGUGAGUGAGGGACUGCUCACAACCACACUGUCCGAGGAGCAGUAUCACAUGACCAGUCACAGCAGUCAGCACUCGAGAUACUCUGAGAGAUCAGUCCUCGGCAAGCAGCUCUACCGCAACCAGAACAGAAGCGAGAGCGGAGCAUACUCUGAGAAAACAGACAAGGAGCCCUGCCGCAACCAGAUCAGAGGUCUGCAGCGUGUGAGCACUCUGUGUCACAUCCUGAGGUUCCCCCCAGGCGUGGAGGACUCCUCUCGGAGCCUAUUCGAGCGCGCUUACCGCCACCCUGCCUUCCUGGGCGUGUCGCUGGAGCGCAAGGAGGUGCUGGCGGGCUGCUGUGUGUUGCUGGUGGGCCGGCAGUACAGCUGGCCUGUCACCAUGGGAACCAUUAGCUCGCUGCUGCAGGCAAACCCAGGGCUGAUGGUGGGAGUCUACCUAGAGCUGGUGGAGAAGCUGGGAGUGGAGGCCCCGCCCACCACAAUCACUCAGCUCGUCAGGAGCCACUGCAGCAGUUUCCAGCUCUCCACAGCCUCUGUCCCGGACCAGUUCAGCGAAUGCCUUUCCAAGUUGGUGGACCGUGCUUCCAACCUGGUUGAACUGGCCGGAGAGGCCUGGAUAGUGACAGGCCGGCACCCCGUCCCGAUCCUGACUGCUGCAGUCUACUUGUCCUGGCUCUCUCUCCGGCCAGUGGCCCCUCGCCUUGCCACCUCCCUCUCUAGAUUUUGUAAGCUGGCCGGAGUCCCCCUGCCCCUUCCAGCCCACAAGCGCCUGGCAGAGCUCCAGGACGCCCUCUGCAAGCUGGGCAAGGAACUGCCGUGGCUGCGCGGGGUCAAACUCGAUCGUAAGGUGGUGGCCAAGCACGCUGGGGAUAUCCUGAAACACAGGGCUGUGUUACUGAGGAGAGCCAUGGAGAGUCAGGGAGGAGAGGAGGUGGAGGACAGUGAGCAAGCCCCACAGCGCACUCUAGGUGUUGCUGAGCAAGCAGUUUGUGUGACUGCGCACAGUGGAGCAUCUUUGUCACAAGUGGGCUCUGUGACACAGUGUGCUGGCUGUGAGGAUAAAGAGCUGGAGGGGGCUGCUGCUGCUGCACUGAACACUGGAGGAAAUGAAAAAGGAGGUUGUGCACAGGGAUCUCUUUCUUCACCAGCAGGGGGCAGUGUGGUGCAAUGCAGCAGUGCUGAAGGGAGUGUAAAACCUGCUGCUAUGGUGCCUGUAAAGGGUACCAUAAAUUCCGCGCAGGACCUGGUAGAGACUGAGGGACCUGGAAACUGUGGGACACUACCUUUACUCGCGCGAGGCAAGCGGCGUCGGCCGGUGUUUCUGCCCCCCUGUAUCGUCAAUCCCCCGAAGAGGAGGCAGAGGGACGAGGAGGAAAGCAGAGGCAGGGAGGUGACUGGGGACGAGGAGAUUUCAGACAGUGAGAUCGAGCAGUAUAUCCGCACCCCUGAUGAGAUGAGGCAAUUUGCUGAAACACAGAGCAGACUUGAUGAGUGUCGCGCAGAGGUGUCCAGAGGAACAUGACACAGGAAACGGGGGGGGGGGGGGGGGGUGUACAUUUUGUUCAAGCAAUUGAUUUGUCAUGGAAGAGGUGUUUUAGACAAGUGUGUGGUGCAUGUGUUUUUGGUUGUUAAUUUCUCCUGCACCUGUAUACGUUUUGAAUAAAGACGAACUACUGGUUUCACCAAGCAAUAAUCACAUGGUCACAGAAUCGGUAAAAAGUUUAUUACAUUGAGAGAUUUGGUAACUUUCCAUUAAAACUUAAACUUCUGUUGCAUAUGUAACAGCGACUGUCUUAACCACUGCAAAUGAGCGAGUGUGCAAUUAAUGAAUAUGACUAGAUUAUUUUAUUUUUAUGUGCUUUGUUUUGCUGAUUCAGCCUUUAUUAAACAAUAAAUAUCACUAUCUGAUCUACAAGAUGUACCGGUCAGAUCUUUUGCUACACAAUCAGUUGCUGUAAAACUGUGGUCAAGUAAUAUUAUU